AUGAGAUCAAAGCUCACAUCUUGGAAUUCCAGAUUCCUCUCGCAGAGUGGCAGAUUAGUUCUUUUGAGAGACGCAAUUUCCUCCAUACCAGUUUAUUAUAUGUCUGUGUUUAAAGCACUAGUGGGCGUGGUAGGGGAAUUCGAAAAACUGAUGCGGUCGUUUCUGUGGGGAAGUGAUCAAGGGAGGAAAAGAAUCUCUUGGGUGGCAUGGGAGCAAAUCUGCAAAAGCCAACAAUUAGGUGGACUUGGCCUUGGUUUCUUAGGGUGGAAGAAUAAAGCGUUGCUCUUGAAGUGGGCAUGGAGGUUUGGCAAGGAAAAAGAGGCAUUUUGGAGGAAAGUUGUGUGUUCUAAAUAUGGCUGGAAUGAAAAUGCCUUGGUCCUUCAUCUGACGGUGGACGGAUUCUCAAAUUGCUCAUUGCUCAUUCUGGAUUUAUUGAAAAAUCUGCUUGCUGAUGAAAUCAUGGCUAAAGCUUUUAGAGAAUCCCUCCUCUGCAAGCUAGGUUCAGGGAAACACAUUCGCUUUUGGCUUGAUCCUUGGGAGGAAUCUGUACCCUUGAGAAUAAUGUUCCCUCGACUUUUCGCCAUAGCUUCAAAUAGGAAUGUAGUAAUUCGUGAUAUUGGAAGCUUCAUUGGCCGGAAGUGGCUUUGGGCGGUGGAGUUUAAAAGACCAUGCUUUGGGUGGGAAUUGGAAGAAAAAACUAGAUUGUUUCAAUUCAUCAACGUUGUCCUUCCGAGUCAGGGGGAAGAUAGUAUUUUUGUGGCUUGGUGA